AUGGCCGAAGAAAAAGCAUCCAGCCAUGACCAGCAAUUUAGAAUCGCUUUACCAUUGACAGCAAACAGUCAAACCGAAGCAAAUCCCCAAUCCACCGGUACCGCUGCCUCGAAACCAUCACCAUCACGGGCCCUGAGGGUCUGGCAUAGCCUGUUAUGGCUUAUAAAAGAUCAAUGGUUCCUCGUCGUGAUGUUGAUUCUAAUCCUCAUCGCAUCACAAGUACAAGUCCCUGGCUCACAGCAACGAAUUAAGCAAAAAAUCAUCGGAUAUUUAGCCGUCGCUCUAAUCUUCUUCAUCAACGGCUGCACCAUCCCUUCAAGGGUUCUCCUCCAGAAUAUCAAACGUUGGGACUUGCACCUCUUUGUCCAAGCACAGUGUUACCUCCUCACCUCUGCAAUCGCGUACGGCAUUGUCAGCGCCUGCGCUACCAAUCCCAAGUUCAUGGAUCCGGCCUUACUGAUUGGAAUCAUCGUGUUGGGAUGCCUUCCUACGACAAUCUCAUUCAACACGAUCAUGACGAGAAAGUCGAACGGAAACACCGCGUUGACGUUGACGCAGUCCACUAUUGGCAACUUUCUCGGUCCGUUCAUCUCGACAGCUCUGAUAAGAAUUUAUACUUCCACCGACGCUUGGUAUACGGAAAUACUUCCCAAAAACAUGGGUAGUUACGGUGAGACCUACCGUAAAGUCUUCGCACAGCUUGGAUUUUCAGUCUUCCUUCCCCUGUUCGUCGGUCAAAUAGUCAUGAAUGCAUUUCCCGCCCUAACCAAAAAAGUCUUCGCCGACUGGAAAAUGAGCAAGCUCAGUUCGCUGUCACUGCUCACGCUCAUCUGGCAGACCUACGACGAAGCCUUCCAAUCACGAGCAUUCUCCACCAUCAACGCUGACAACAUGAUAUUUUUCGUGUUCAUGUCUUUCGGUGUCUUCCUUCUCUGGAUGGCACUGAGCAUCAUCUUCUCAAGGAUUUGGUUAUCCAAAGAAGACACAAUAUCCGUGGCGUUUUGUGUACCUUCAAAAACUCCUGCUAUGGGUGUACCCCUGACGACAAUCAUGUUUGCGGGCAUAUCGGCCGUCGACCAGUCCAAGAUACACAUUCCGAUGGUCAUUUUUCAGGGCAUACAGACGGGCUUGAGUUCCUUAAUAAGCAUUCCGCUUCGGAUGUGGCAAGCGCAUGGGAAAAAUCCAGCCACUGAGGAAUAAAAAUUCCUAGAAGCUAGCGUUAUCGAAUAUUAUAGUCUGUCUUGUAAUCAAGAAUCAGCCGGUACGUUGACUACUACCGGAACCCAUAUUAAUUCCUUAUUGUUAUCCUGCUAUUGUCAGAAGAUGGUACUCAUCGAACGCUUCACUGGCCAAGUUAUUCCAAGGGCUAUCCAAGACCUCGUUAUCGUUGCAUGUGU